AUGGUGUCGAAGCUGAGCCAUCUCCAAGUGGAGCUGCUGGGAGCGCUGCUGGAGUCGGGGCUGACCAAGGAGACGCUGAUCAAGGCGCUGAGCGAGGUGGAACCCUACGGGCUCCAGAGUGAAAGUCAGCGCGCCAUCAAUGCCCUGCAGACAGAGAAAGGGGAGCCCUGUCCCGACAUCCCCAACCUCCCCAACGGAAUCGGGGAGUCCAGGUUAUCGGAAGAUGAAACCUCCGAUGACGGGGAGGAAUUUACCCCUCCAAUAAUGAAGGAGCUGGAAAACUUGAGCCCUGAGGAGGCUGCUCACCAGAAGGCUGUGGUGGAAAGACUAUUACAAGAGGAUCCCUGGCGAGUAGCAAAGAUGGUGAAAUCCUACCUCCAGCAGCACAACAUCCCUCAGCGUGAGGUGGUGGACACGACUGGUCUGAACCAGUCCCACCUCUCACAGCACCUCAACAAGGGCACUCCCAUGAAGACCCAAAAACGGGCAGCCCUGUACACCUGGUAUGUCCGGAAGCAGCGGGAGGUGGCGCAGCAAUUCACACACGCUGGGCAGGGGAUCCUGACGGAGGAGCCCAUGGGAGAUGACCUGCCCACCAAGAAGGGAAGAAGAAACCGCUUUAAGUGGGGUCCUGCCUCCCAACAGAUCCUGUUCCAGGCCUACGAGAGGCAGAAAAACCCCAGCAAAGAAGAGAGGGAGGCCCUGGUGGAAGAGUGCAACAGGGCUGAGUGUAUCCAGAGGGGAGUUUCCCCAUCUCAGGCCCAGGGACUGGGCUCCAACCUGGUGACAGAGGUCAGAGUUUACAACUGGUUUGCCAACCGCAGGAAGGAGGAGGCUUUCCGGCACAAGCUGGCCAUGGACACCUUCAGUGGACCCCAACCCACCUCUGGCCCCUCCCUCACUCCUCACAACUCCUCCUCUCUCCAGCCACCAGCUGCUCUCUCACCCACCAAAGUUCACGGAGUGAGGUACAACCAGCAGCCAGCCAGCGAGGCAGAGUCCUCCAGCAGCAACCCCCAUGGGAACAGCUCCAUGGUGACCACCCAAACCAUCCUGCAUCAGGUUUCUCCCCCGGGACUGGAGCCCAGCCAGAACCUACUGAGCACAGACACUAAGCUGGUGUCAGCUCCCGGAGGAACCCUCCCUCCUGUCAGCACCCUGACUGCCCUGCACAGCCUGGAGCAGAGCCCACACACCCUGAGCCAGCAAACCCAGAACCUGAUCAUGGCAUCCCUGCCGGGCGUCAUGGCCAUCGGGGCAGGCGAGACCCCGUCCCUGGCACCCGCCUUCACCAACACCGGAGCCUCCACCCUGGUCAUCGGCCUGGCCUCAACCCAGCCCCAGAGUGUACCUGUGAUAAACAGCAUGGGGAGCAGCCUCACUACCCUGCAGCCUGUCCAGUUCUCCCAGCAACUGCACCCGUCCUACCAGCAGCCCCUCAUGCAGCAAGUCCAGAGCCACAUCAACCAGAGCCCCUUCAUGGCUACCAUGGCCCAGAUACAGAACCCUCACGCUCUCUACGGCCCCAAGUCUGAAGUGGCCCAGUACACACACACAGGCCUCUUACCACAAACCAUGGUGAUAACAGACACGGCCAACCUCAGCGCCCUGACCAACCUGACACCAACUAAACAGGCAUUCACCCCUGACUCAGAGACUCACACCGAGUCUGGGAUGCACACACCAGUGUCCCAGGCACCAACAAUCCACCUACAGAACCAGGACACCACCAUCCAGCACCUUCAGCCAGGCCCACGCCUCUCCUCGAGCCCUGCGGUGUCCUCCAGCAGCCUGGUGCUGUACCAGAGCUCCGACCCCACCAACAGCCACAGCCAGCUGCUGCCAUCCACCCACAACGUCAUCGAGACCUUCAUCUCCACACAGAUGGCCUCCUCCUCCCAGUGAUCACCACAGCUGCCCCCAGGGUGACUCAGGUGCAACUCCAGCCGUGUUUGCCAUCACUGCCACCUCUGUCACCACGGGCAGGAAGGGCUGCUGUGCUGAGCCAGCCCCCACUGCCUCACACAAACCCCUGCUCAGCUGCCUCCAGGAGAGGGAAUGUCUCAGGCUCCAGACAGAAGCCAUAGGAAGAUGAUGCUGGCACUGCUAGAAUCCACUGCCUCCCCCCAAGAAACAGCAAACCUAAACCCCACAGGCCACCACAGAAUGACCAGACAUCCUUUUGUGGCUGCCCAAGAGGGAAUCCCACCAAGCCAGGGAUGUGACUGAAACACGGCAGCAGUGCCAGGGCCUGGAUGGGGCUUUCAUUUCAGCUCAGCUUUCACCAAGCUGGGCCUGUACAAACCUGCCAACACCAGACUAAGCCAUGCAGGAAAGAGCAAAGCUAAGCUGCCAAGGAAGGGACACCAUCUUUAAAACACUCUCCUCCUUUGCUGAAGGAGCACCAAUGAUAACAAUAACAGCACCUUGGAGGCAAGAGAGAGAACUUGGUUCCUGACUUUGCAAUGAAAAUCACCAAGGAGCACAUUUGGGAAUGGCUUGGCACAAACCUGUCAGUGUGGGAUCACUGACUACAAGCUACAAAUCCUUAAUUAACCACCAAAGUACCAAACAUUCUCAGUUACAAAUGACCUGCUCUAAAAUCAUGCUAUCCCAGUGGAAAUGGCUUGGUUAUUUUUGAUAUAGCUCUGCUUUGUUUUAAAUGCAGAAAUUAAAGUUUAACAGCAGCAAGGAGAUUCCAGUUCUUUGCAUUAACCCUGUGGAUCCUCAUCUCGUGUGACUUGCUGAACGAGUUGGAGGAUGGCAUUCCCCACCAGUCCCUGACACUGCACAACACCUGGGAGGUCCCCAAGCUCCACAGAGAGUAGAGGUUCCUUCAGCUUUCUCUAUAAACAUGUCAGCUUGGAUCCAUUUUACAGAACAUGGCUCAUUCUUGGCUUCCCUGUAGGCUCGAUUCUGUAGCUCUUGAUAUGCAAAUAAUCACCCCGGGGUCUAAGAGUCUUGCCUGCACUAAGAGUAGGGUUUGAGUCCCAAGGAUCUACUUAUAUAAUUCCUUUCCUAAUUAUUCCUCUCUGUUUACUCUCAGUGCUCACAUCACUGAUGUGUCAUCAGCCAGACAUGAAGAAAUUGAACUACUCUUCCCACUGUG